GCAGCCGGAAGGGGCGGAGCCGAAGCGGUGGCGGCUGAGAAGGCUGCGGGGCGGCGGCGGCGGCGGUGGCUCCUCUGGUGGCCGCAGUCUGGGUCCUGGCUUCGGCCCCAGCCCCACCAUGGUGACGCUUGCUGAACUGUUGGUGCUUCUGGCCGCUCUUCUGGCCACGGCCUCGGGCUACUUUGUCAGUAUCGACGCGCACGCCGAGGAAUGCUUCUUUGAGCGGGUCACCUCGGGCACCAAGAUGGGCCUCAUCUUCGAGGUGGCCGAGGGCGGCUUCCUGGACAUCGACGUGGAGAUUACAGGACCUGAUAAUAAAGGAAUUUAUAAAGGAGAUCGAGAGUCCAGUGGGAAAUACACAUUUGCUGCUCACAUGGAUGGAAUAUAUAAGUUUUGUUUUAGUAACAGGAUGUCCACCAUGACUCCAAAGAUAGUGAUGUUCACCAUUGAUAUUGGGGAGGCUCCAAAAGGACAAGACAUGGAAACAGAAGCUCACCAGAACAAGCUAGAAGAAAUGAUCAAUGAGCUAGCAGUGGCGAUGACAGCAGUAAAGCACGAACAGGAGUACAUGGAAGUCCGGGAGAGGAUACACAGAGCCAUCAAUGACAACACAAACAGCAGAGUGGUCCUUUGGUCCUUCUUUGAAGCUCUUGUUCUAGUUGCCAUGACAUUGGGACAGAUCUACUACCUGAAGAGAUUUUUUGAAGUCCGGAGGGUUGUUUAAAAAGCCUUUUUCUGAUGAUCCCAAACUCAUAAUUCACUGUUUACCAAACACCUUGGUCACAAUAAUGUCAUUAGUUUCUACAUUUUUAUUUUCUGAACUGUACAUUCACAGCUUCUGUUUCUUUGUGAUUAAUAGAUUUUGGGGGAAAAUACCUUUUUAGGAAAGUUAUAGUGAAAAUUUGACAUUUGAUUGGCAUAAUUUCUUAUUUGAAUGCUGCCUCCAUUAUACAAGUCCUUCCAGAACUCAAACACUGUAAAUGAAAUAUAGGAGUAUAGUCUUUAUUAUGUCUCUUUUUCCUUUUGUUUUUAUAAUAAAAUGCAGUUUGUUCAGGAAGUCAGUACAAAGCCUGAUAGUACUUUACUAAAAUGACUGCGUUCUUUGGAUUUCCUCAUCCUGUGGUUCAAAUCAUUAAAGAUUCAUUGUGUUGAGUCCUUAUAAGAAGCAACAGUCUGAAUCUUAACGUUUUCUACCCAUCCUAAUGACAGAGCUCUCUGACUGGAGUAUGAUACCAGGUUGGGUACUUUUAUACUUUGUUACCUUGUUUUUCCUUUAAAGGUAAGGCUUGCCCCAGUAUACAUUUUCCCCCAUAAAUUUUUACAUUGAACCUUAGGACUCAGUCACCUCCAUUUAAAUUGAAGACACAAGCAGCUAAUAACCAUUUUUUUUGGUUUGUGCCUAACCUUCUGAGAAGCCUCUGUUAAAGCCAGUACGCCGGGUGCUCCAGUGAACGGUAGCUCAUUUUCCUUCUACGCUGGCACAUCCACUCUUCCCACUCUUGGCACGUAGGAAGUGUGCAUUCACGGAAUUGGAAAAAUCUGGAUUUCUGAUACCAAAGGGUUAAAGCCUCUUGGAUUUCAUAGCAGUGAUAUACAGCCACUAUUUUAUUUUUGAUCAGUGGCCUUUGAGCCACUGACGAGGGCACUGAACAUCAGUGUCAGCACUAGGGUUUUUGUUUUUGUUUCUCUUGGAUUUUUUUUUUUUUUUGGCACAUGUGAAUUUUGUUUUGUAUAAAGUGAAAUGACUUUCUCUUGGUCUCUGAUGAUGGGUUUAAAAUUAAAGGAGCCUCUGGUUUUGGUGUGGGGAUGAUCCAGGAUUAUGUUGUGACUGAUGUAUAUUAGUUACUUGUACAUUUUUUUCGGAUCUUUGCAAGGGGAAAAUGAAAAGUAAUGACUUUUAUAUAAUUAAUUUAAAUUUGUUACAGGUUUUCAUGUUCAGGUUAAACAAUUUUUCAACCUUGGGUAAAAAUACUUGCAACAGUUUAUUGAUAAGGUGACUGUUUCACCUUAGGAUAACUGUUGCUUGCCAAUUUGUGUGUUUGUGUGAAAACACUUGAAAAUUGAAUUAAAAGAUGUAAAUUUAAAAUUGGUUGUAUAUCUAAUAUGCCCCAGGUUCAGUGAAUAAACAGUUCUUUUUAAAAACA